AUGCCCGCCAUUCAGGUUCGAACCGUUGCCGAUGCCGCUCUCAAUUUCUUAACGCCCCGCGAUCAGAACGACGUGGUCGACGAUUACAUGGACAACUACGCCAACGGAAACUCCGGCAGCAGCAGCAGGUCCACGAAAUCGGAGUACGAGAGUCAAAAAAGCACCGCUCAGGCUAUUGGCGGUGGCAUCAUUGCCGUUAUUGUCAUCGUCGUGGUCCUCAUCAUCGCCUCCCUUGUGUCUGCUUGCAUUAUUCGGAGCAAACGCAAGGAACGGCAACGUCAGCAUCAGCUGGAGAUGAAGAAAUACAUGGGCGAUAACCGGACGAGCGUCGGAUCGAAUCAGGGGUCGUCCUCAGUCAACAAUACAACAUCAGGUUAUGGCCAGGGAACCUACCCGGGCUACUCUUACAACAACGAGACCGGAUAUCAAUACGGCAAAGGUUACGGCAUGGUCAGCAAUACGAACAACGACGGGCCUACCUCAUCACAGUCAUCACCGCCUGCAUACACCGCGAGAAACGAGGGGUCAACGUCCUAG